UUGAACUUUUCAACUUACUAGAGGUUGCAGAAUCGUCUACACUCUUCAGCUUUGGAUGUAUGGGCUGAGGCCUUGGGUAAACAUGCCAGUGAAUGAGAAAUCACCCCAGAGAUGUCCUGCCUUGAUUCCAGAAGAACCUGGCAGAUCAGUUGAGGGAUCUGUGUCCUUCGAAGAUGUAGCUGUGGAUUUCACCCAACAAGAGUGGUACAGACUGGACUCUACCCAGAGGAACAUGCACAAGGAUGUGAUGCUGGAGACUUACAGUCACCUGGCAUCUGUGGCUCAGGAAGAGUCACCUUCCUCCUCCUCCUCCAUCAGAUGCUCUAAAGCUCAAACUUCUUGGCCCAUGUCCUGUGCCAUUUCCCAUUAACAGGCCUCUGCGUGGCCAAACCAGACAUGAUUUUCAAGUUAGAGCGGGGAGAAGAACUCUGGGUAUUAGAAGAGGAAUCCUCAGACCAUGAUUACUCAGGUCUCACUGUUCAGCCCAAGUUGUCCUGAAACUCAUGAUCCUUCUGCUUCAGUCUCCCAAUUACUGGGAAUACUGGUGUGUAUUACUGUGUCUAGCUGCAAAUGAUAGCAUUAUAAAGACUGUGUUAAAUACUUUAUAUUGUGACAGGGAAGCAUUUGGGGAUUUUACAUGAAUGAGUGACAUACUUGUUGCUUUUAAAGGACCUCUGUCUCUGCUAUGUGGCAACAGUUCAGUUGGGGGUGAUGCCCUCGUGCUGGAGAACAAUGUUUAUCAGUAUCAGAGUAUUCAAUGUGGGGAAGACUUCCAUGAGGAAACAGACUUUGUUCAGCAUAAAAGCACUCAUACCAGAGAUAAAAGCUUUGAAUGUCAUGAGUGUGGAAAGGUGUACUGCAGAAAAUCUAACCUCGUUGAACACCUGAGAACACAUACGGGGGAGAGGCCCUAUGAGUGUGGCGAAUGUCCAAAGACAUUCAGUGCAAGAUCAUACCUCAUUGCCCAUCAGAAAACUCACACGGGAGAGAAGCCCUUUGGAUGUCAUGAAUGUGGGAAAUCUUUUGGCAGGAAGUCACAACUCAUUCUACAUCGCAGAACACACACAGGAGAGAGGCCCUAUGAAUGUCCUGAAUGUGGGAAAACCUUUUCUGAGAAGGCGACCCUCACAAUCCACCAGAGAACCCACACUGGUGAGAGGCCUUAUAAAUGCAAUGAAUGUCAGAAGACAUUUCGGGUCAAGAUAUCGCUCACCCAGCACCUGAGAACUCACACGGGGGAGAAACCCUAUGAAUGUGGGGAGUGUGGGAGAAACUUUACAGCGAAGAAAUCCCUAAACCAACAUCAAAGAAUUCACACAGGUGAGAAACCCUAUGAGUGUGGAGACUGUGGGAAAUUCUUCCGAAUGAAAAUGACUCUCAAUAAUCAUCAGAGAACCCACACAGGUGAAAAGCCCUAUCAUUGUAAUGAAUGUGGGAAGGCCUUUAGGGUACAGUCAUCUCUGGGAAUCCAUCAGAGAAUCCAUACCGGAGAGAAGCCCUAUGAAUGUAAUGACUGUGGAAAUGCUUUCUAUGUGAAAGCUCGUCUCAUUGAGCAUCAGCGUAUUCAUUCAGGAGAGAAACCCUAUGAGUGUAGUGACUGUGGGAAGAUCUUUAGCAUGAAGAAAUCCCUUCGUCAACAUAAGAGAACUCACACUGGUGAGAAGCCUUAUGAAUGCAGUGAGUGUGGAAAUGCCUUUUGUGUGAAAGUGCGCCUCAUUGAGCAUCAGCGAAUUCACACAGGAGAGAGGCCUUUUGAGUGUCAGGAAUGUGGAAAGGGUUUCUGUCGUAAAGCCCACCUCACAGAGCACCAGAGAACUCACUUGGGCCGAUCCUUGCUUUGUGCAUUGGAGAAAGCUUCUCCCUGAAGAGUCCCUCAUUCCCUGUACUGGUUCAAGCCCACAGGGGCAUCUAAUCAAGCAAAACUUGCAAAGCAUACUUGCCACUGUGCGGUACUUAGACUAGUAUAAAAAUGUGUCUGAUCCCUUUAGGGAAUUGCUCAUUAUUUCUUGGCUUUGAGGGGGAACACUUUGUAGCCCAGGCUGGCAUUGAACUUUUGCCAUAGUCUUCUGAGUGCUUCAACAGCAGGUGGGCAAACAGUCUGUGACUUGUUUCAUUUGUAUUUUUCCAUUUAGUGGUGAAGUUGAACAUAUUGUGUAUGAAUUUUUUUAUCUGCACUGAUUGCUCAUAUCCUUUGCUCACUGUUUCCUAAUGAGAACUUUAUCUUGUACUGUCUGGUUUAAAUGUUGGUGGUGCUAUUAUUUAACAUGUAAGCAUAUAAAGUCCUUCAUUCAUGUGUUAAAACAUCUUCUCUCAAACUGUGCUCAGCUAGGUUUUCAGUUUUGUUAACUCUUUUCUUGUGCUAAAGUUUUAUGUUUCAGUUAUUGUCUGUUUUAAGGUGAUAAUAUUUAUGUAUACUUACUCAAAAGUGAAGAUUAUUCAUAAACAUUUUGAAUUUAAAUCUACUGUGAGAUGUUUUGGUGUAGUAUGGAGCCUGCAAUGUAUAAUAAAUACUAUAUUGUCUUGUUAA